AUGGGAAAUCCCAGUUGCCAACAGCCUAUGGGAAAUUUCGUUGACAGAAACCAACGGAGCGGGCCUCAGGCGGCAGGUUUUCCGGGUCAGUCCAUGCUCUCAGAGCCCAUGUCGAACCUCGCCAUGGCUUAUGGCAGCUCGCUGGCAUCUCAAGGGAAGGAAAUGAUGGACAAGAAUCUGGACAGAUUCAUCCCCAUUUCCAAGCUGAAAUACUACUUUGCAGUGGACACGGUGUACGUGGGAAAGAAGCUGGGUCUUCUAGUUUUCCCUUACAUGCAUGAGAACUGGGAGGUGAGCUACCAGCAAGAUACCCCUGUGGCACCGCGCUUUGAUGUCAACGCUCCUGAUCUCUACAUCCCCGCCAUGAGCUUCAUCACGUACGUGCUAGUGGCCGGGCUGGCACUGGGCACACAGAAUAGGUUUUCUCCCGAGCUGCUGGGAGGUCAAGCGAGCUCGGCACUGGUGUGGCUCAUAAUGGAAGUCCUAGCAGUCCUCUUGUCACUCUACCUCGUGACCGUCAACACUGACCUCACCACCAUCGAUCUGCUCGCCUUCGCUGGAUACAAAUAUGUAGGAAUGAUCGUUGGAGUAGUUGCAGGACUGAUAUUUGGGAGGCCAGCCUACUAUCUCUCUUUACUGUGGUGUUGUGCUGCCAUCUUUGUAUUUAUGACCCGCACGCUUCGUCUGAAGCUUUUGUCAGAGGCGGCGGCAGAGGGGAGGCUGGUGAGAGGAGCCAGAAACCAGCUGAGGAUGUACCUCACAAUGUCUAUAGCGGCGGCCCAGCCUGUUUUCAUGUACUGGCUUACCUAUCACCUGGUCAGAUAA